GUGAAGAAGUUUUUAAUGAAGAGUUCGCUGGAUGAGAUUGACACGGUCGAGCCACUGAGGAGGGCCCUUCGACAGCCCAUGCAAUGCUCUAUUCUGGAGUACCUGGCGGCAUCGAAGCUGGCUCGCGAUGAAUUACAGAUGAUCACGCGCAAGACUCGCAUACCUCUAUCAGAGGAGGGGCAAGGGGCCCCUAAGGCGGAAGCUUCUAYAGUAGCAGUGACGGGGGUGAGUGCCAGGGCGGAUCGCAUGGCGACAGUCCUUCUUGAUGGAAUGGAAGGUGUGCCUCCAGACAAAUUUUAUAUACGUGGUAGUGGGGCAGUGGAGACAAUUAUAAACGAUGGAGCGAUACUUGAUGCUGUGAUCGAUAACGACAGUGAGGCAGUUAUCAUAGACGACGACCUGGCAGUGCAGGUUGGGCUGGGCCUCGAUAGGUCGUAUCUAUUCGAGAUAGAGACGGCUGAUGGGAGAAAGCAACAGAUCACUGGGGUUUGUCACAAGGCAGUUAUAGAGGUCCAAGGGGUACGAGUGACCCUGCCUGUCUUCGCAGUCAAGAACUGCAGCUCUGACCUGCUCUUGGGACGGACGUGGCUAAGCCACGUGCAKGCGGUGACGAUAGAGCGACCUGACGGGAGCCAGACAUUGUCCAUUAAGAAGCCAGACGGGACGCGAGUGAUGAUUGAGACGGUGGAGCCUCGGGACCCGAGAAACAGAGCAGCUCUCGCUGUGGGUGCGAGACCCAGUGAUCAGGUUAGGUCUUUACCUAUCUCCAGCCGCGCGGUGCGAUUUCGCGAGAAGGAGUAUGGACCACUGCUCACAGAGGAAGAAGGUCGAAUCGUCGAGGUAGAAUAUCUAUGGAGUCGGUUAAUAGUGGAUGGCAACUCAUACCCAAAGGAAGAAGAUGAGGAAUUAGGCGGUGUGGUAUCCGUGUCUUUUUUAAGGGCACUGCCCCCUACGGGGGGCCGCCUAAGCGACACAAGCGGGUAACUCAGAAGGUUAAGCAAGCGGCAGUGGGCCGCGAGCGAUCUCCUCUAAAAG